AUGGUCGUGAACAAUUCAUCGUUCCGAUUUGCCCCCACGACUCCUGGAGAGAAGAGGACCGGGUCGGACUGCAUCACGACGCAUCCCUUUGACGAUAAAUCCAACCAUCAAGACGGCACUGCUACGAUGACGAAAAAGGAAAAUGCUGUCAAGCCUCCUGCCGAAGGGCUAGCAUCUCAAAAUAGCAUGCAAACUAGCAUGCAAAAUAAGCUUCCUGAAGCUCCCAGCGUCGAUUCCUUCCAGACUACCUCUGGCGCCAACACAGCUUCAACACCUGGAACAAGUCAAGUGGAACGAGCCGCUUUUACGAAUGAAAAAGUAGCCAUCCCCCGCCAUCGGCCAAGCACCGCGCCGCGAUAUAGUCGGCGAGUGCCGCGGGCUUGCGAAUCAUGUCGGCAGCGCAAAACGAAGUGCAGUGGCGACAUCCCGCAUGGUGUAGAGAGAUUCCCGCCUAACUCUGUAACACUGCCUGGUGAACUUUCAGAUGAGCCAAGCUCGCCCUCGUCUAUUGGCUCACUCGAUGGGAUUGAUCGAGUGGAAGAGGACCUGAACCGCAAUGAGGAAUCAAGGGCAGCAGGGUUUAUGGGAAAGAUCUCUGAGGUAACCUGGAUGCAACAUCUUCAGAAAAAAGCGAAACAUUGUUCACAAGGAUCGUCAGGCUCCUUGGAGCACGGCCAAAGCAAGUCGCAUGAGGAUGAACCCGCUCUCCAUGCGACAAACUACCACUCAGACGAAGUUGACAUCAGUUGUCCCGAACCGGUGGAAGUAUAUGCUGUUCCACCUCCCCAGCUAGCGGAUAGACUCUUCGAUGAUUAUCUGAAGACUGUUCACCCGUUUUUUCCUAUUAUCAACCGACGUCUCUUCACCGCACAGUAUCGGACUUUUUUCGACAGCAAUGCGCAGCCAAGUGAUAAAUGGCUUGCUAUUAUGAAUAUGAUAUUUGCCAUUGGGGCUCAAUAUGCCCAUCUCACCAGGGCACCAUGGCGCGGAGAGGUUGGAGACCAUCUAAUAUAUUUAACUCGGGCUCGAAUCUUGAGUGUAAAUGGCGAUGACUUGUUUAGUCAUCCUGAUCUACAACAGAUUCAAGUGGAAGGAUUGGUUGCAUUUUACCUACUCUCCACCGAUCAGAUCAAUCGCGCAUGGAGAAUCUCGGCUUUGGCAGUCCGAUCUGCUAUUACACUUGGCCUGAACCUGAAAAAUAAUAGUCCCACAACACCCGAUGUUGCCAAAGAGGCUCGCUACCGAGUCUGGUGGUGUCUCUAUACACUUGAGCAUCUUCUAGGUACAAUGACCGGUCGGGCCACUUAUAUCGUGGGUGUGAAUCUUACUACGCCGUUACCAUUUCCCUUUGACGAAGACCAGCUGUCAGAACCAAUGGCCGCGGAAACCUUCAGAGAUACGCACCUUAGAGAUGAGCGCAUUAACAACGUUAUGGCAAGCACAUCAGUCCGACACAUGCCUCUCCACCCAACUAGGGGCGCGGAAACCACGCAUUCGGCCUCCAUCUAUGACAACUCGUGGGUGAAAAGCCUGCCUUUUAGCUUCAGUCUCGGCCACCUUUACUACUGCGACCUGGCGCUCAUCGUCCAGGAAAUUGUGAACAAAGUGUAUUCCACUGACUGUGUGAUGUUGCCAUGGGCUCACAUUUUGCAACGCAUCGGGGAAUUGAAGGUCCAGCUCGACCAAUGGUACCAAUGUCUUCCAGAACACCUCAAUUUAUCGGAGAAUAAGGACAACGGCUCCGAUCCGCUCCGCUGCAAGCUGGCCUUAAACCUCCACUACCUCAGUGCACGCAUCACGCUUGGUCGCCCAUGUUUUUGCCGGCGCGACCCGCAAAAGAGAAAAAUAGAUGAAAAAUCGACUUUCAACCACGACAUGGCAGAACUGACUCUACAAUCUGCAAAGCUCAUGCUUGAUCUCAUCCCGGAUGAACCAAACGUUAUCGAGCUCUACGAGAUCUCCCCGUGGUGGUGUAUCCUGCAUUAUCUAAUGCAGGCAGCGACAGUCAUCCUCCUAGAGCUCUCGUUCGGGAGUCUCAUGAUGCCAGAACACGUAACAAGCUCUGUUGUCUAUUCCAAAAAGUCAUUGAGAUGGCUUUAUGCUAUGUCUGCGCACAGCAUUGCCUCACGACGCGCCUGGCAGCUUUGCGACAUCAGUCUGCGGGCUCUCGCUGUCAACAUAGGAUUCAAUGUCGAUGACAUGCCUUCAGCCCCGUACUAUCAAUCCGUGCCCACCUCCGCCCUCGCCAACCCCCACUCCCACAUGGCUCCAAAAGGAUCCCGGCCCGGCUCAACCGAGCGCUGGAAUUCCGUUCUGGAAGACGUCUCUCAGGCUAUAGUGCAGCACCCGACUCAGUACCCCUACUGGGAUUAUUCCAAUGUGCCCACAACGGAUCCCACGCCAUCGGUGAUGGUCAAAUCCCACGAGUCUGACGAGCAUUACUCCCCCUAUGACCCUAUCAGUGGCGCGUUUAUUCGCUCCUUCUUUCCGCAGUUGAGCGAGGACGAUCAGCCCUGA